GGAUUCGAGAAAUUGAAUGCUUAAUUUGACUCCAGCAUGUACAUUUCGUUUCUUAGACUUUUAUUACAUCAUUAUGCAGCCUGAAUAUGCGUUUUCUCUCUGCCAUAGUGAAUAAACCAUGUCAAAUACCGCAACAGGUGUUACUGUUCCCCAUAUCCUUUGCUCUCCGUGGCUGCUCAUGUCACGGUAUUUAUUUUAAAUGGGCAAAACCGUUCUCUCGUUUAAUAAGGCAGCAUGCGAACGCAAUUCGGUGCACUAUAUUUAGUAAAGCUGUAGCGAUCGUUUACGACUCAGAUUUUUUUUAUUUCCAUCAAGUACUGAACAGAUUUGUUCAUCAUUUCACUUAAAACCCGUUAAAGCGAACACAGGAUUUACAACCGACGAAAUUUCUGCAGGCGGGUUGCAUGUUGAUGGGUUACAGAUUAACUUGCCCACCCUCUCCAUUGCCACAUUACAUCUGAGGAGUUACAGCGCAAUGCUCUGCAUAACCAUCGCCGCUCAAAUCGACACAGGACAAUGGUGAAAUAAGGCACGACAGCAACAUCUGGCAACUAUUACAGCUGAUUUGAAACCGAAGCACUCGUGCUUGGCUCAGCAAUGAAGCGGGAUGUCCAGGUGCCGUGUGUUUUAUCCGUGUUGCGGGAGGAGGCACCAGUUGCUCAGCUGUGAUAGUGGAUCUGUUUCACUGUGUGCUAUUGAGUGAUGACAGCACUUCAUACAUGUGUGCCACCUGAAAUAAUCGCAUCGGAGGGCUAAACGACGGCGUUUGAAUCUUUAUUACGCGGUGAUUUGUGCUCGUUUGAGGGCUCGGUGCUGACAAUGGUGGAGCUGGAGAAGGAGGUGCUGCCGCUGCCGCCGCGGUACCGGUUCCGAGACCUGUUGCUCGGGGACUGGCAGACGGACGACAGAGUGCAGGUAGAGUUCUAUGUGAAUGAAAACACUUUCAAGGAGCGUCUCAAGCUGUUCUUCAUCAAAAACCAAAGAUCCAGUUUGAGAGUGAGACUGUUCAACUUCUUCCUGAAGGUUCUGAGCUGCCUGCUGUACAUCGUACGAGUGCUCUUGGACGACCCGCGUGAGGAGAGAGACUGUCCUGGCUGUCUCAGACAGAAUGCCUCUGCCCACAACAGAAGCCAUUUUGACUGGUCCCUCAUUAUUUGGGUGAACAGACCUCUGCCGCUCUGGGCCCUUCAGGUGCUUGUUGCAUUCAUCAGUUUUUCAGAGACCAUGCUGCUGGUGUACCUCAGCUACAAGGGCAAUGUUUGGGAGCAAGUGUUGCGCAUUCCCUUCGUUCUGGAGAUGAUCAGCGCCGUUCCGUUUGUGAUCACUGUGAUUUUGCCCUCUCUCAGAAACUUGUUCAUCCCUGUGUUCCUGAACUGCUGGCUGGCCAAACACGCUCUCGAGAACAUGAUUAAUGAUCUGCACCGAGCGAUCCAGCGCACACAUUCGGCCAUGUUUAACCAGGUCCUCAUUCUCAUCAGCACUCUACUUUGUCUCAUCUUCACCUGUAUUUGUGGUAUUCAGCACCUGGAACGAGCAGGGAACAACCUCACGCUCUUUGACUCUCUGUAUUUCUGUGUGGUCACUUUCUCUACGGUGGGCUUUGGUGAUGUCACACCUAAAAUCUGGCCCUCUCAACUGCUGGUGGUCAUCAUGAUCUGUGUGGCUCUUAUAGUUCUGCCAAUACAGUUUGAGCAGUUGGCUUUCUUGUGGAUGGAGCGGCAGAAGUCUGGAGGGAACUACAGCCGCUACCGAGCCCAGACUGAGAAACAUGUGGUGUUGUGUGUCAGCUGUCUGAAGAUAGAUCUUCUCAUGGACUUCCUCAAUGAGUUCUUUGCACACCCCAGACUGCAGGAUUACUAUGUGGUGAUAUUAUGUCCCGCUGAGAUGGACGUCCAGGUGCGGAGAGUUCUUCAUAUCCCGCUGUGGGCUCAGAGGGUCAUCUACCUGCAGGGAUCUGCUCUCAAAGAUCAAGACCUGAUGAGGGCCAAGAUGGAUGAUGCUGAAGCCUGUUUUAUCCUGAGCAACCGGUUUGAAGUGGACCGCUUCGCCGCUGACCAUCAGACCAUUCUUAGAGCCUGGGCUGUGAAGGACUUUGCCCCAAACUGCCCUCUCUACGUGCAGAUCCUCAAACCUGAGAAUAAGUUUCACAUCAAGUUUGCAGACCAUGUGGUUUGUGAGGAGGAGUUUAAGUACGCCAUGUUGGCCCUCAACUGUGUGUGUCCCGCCACCUCCACCCUGAUCACUUUAUUGAUUCACUCAUCUAGAGGACAAACGGCAUCUUCAGAAGCCUUCAAGCAGCGAGCGGGUGCCUUCCAGCCCCUCAACAGGGAAGGCGGUGCUGGCUCAGUCGACCAUUGGCAACGCACCUACCGGCGCUGCGCGGCCAAUGAAGUGCACCACAUCCGGCUGGAGGAGAGCAAGUUCUUUGGAGACUAUCAGGGAAAGAGUUUCACCUUUGCCUCAUUUCACGCACACAAGAAAUAUGGGGUGUGUCUGAUCGGAGUGCGUAGGAUGGACACUGCAAAUAUCCUGCUGAACCCUGGACCCUGCCACAUCAUGGGAGGCUCGGACACCUGUUUCUACAUCAACAUCUCUAAAGAGGAGAACUCUGCGUUUGUCAGGGGCCAGAGAGAGCCAGUGAGGGGACCCGGGGUCGACGCUAGAGGAGUCCCUCAAACCAUCUAUCACGGCCUCACUCGCCUACCAGUACACAGCAUUAUUGCCAGCAUGGGCACAGUAGCCAUAGACCUGCAGGACUCCAGUGACAGCAGUCCAGAAGGCACAGGUCCGGCGGCGCUGGGCAGUGGACACGUCAGCAGGAGCGGCUCCAGGACAGAAGUCAUGGGCUGUAACACGUUAGCUCUGCCCGCCGUGAGCGGCUCAGGAGAAGAGAGGAGACACAGCAUCGCACCCGUCCUGGAGGUGGUGGACGGGGCACACAACCCCACGUUUGACCUGCUCGGGGAUCAGUCAGAGGACGAGGGAGGAGAAGAGGGGAAGGAGGACGAGGAAGGAGAACAGAAGGGCCGGUGGUGGGGCACUCACUGCGAAUGGGUGAAAGGUUAUCCACUGAACUCUCCGUACAUCGGCAGCUCUCCUGCACUUUGCCAUCUCCUUCAGGAGAAAAUGCCAUUUUGCUGUCUGCGCCUGGAUAAGGCCUGUCAUCAUAUGCCCUACGAGGACGCUCGCUCGUACGGCUUUAAAAACAAACUCAUCAUCGUGUCGGCGGAAAGCGCUGGAAACGGUCUCUAUAACUUCAUCGUUCCACUGAGGGCAUAUUACCGGCCCAGGAAGGAGCUUAACCCCAUUGUUUUGCUCCUGGAGAACGUACCGGAGCCAGACUUCCUAGAAGCCAUCUGCUGGUUUCCUAUGGUCUUCUACACCGUGGGCUCCAUCGACAAUUUGGACAGUCUUCUGCGUUGCGGGGUGACGUUUGCCGACACAAUGGUGGUGGUGGACAAAGAGAGCUCCAUGAUCGCAGAGGAGGAUUACAUGGCUGAUGCCAAGACCAUUGUGAACGUCCAGACACUUUUCAGGCUUUUUCCAGCUCUCAGUAUUAUAACAGAACUCACCCAUCCUGCCAACAUGCGCUUCAUGCAGUUCAAAGUGAAGGAUCACUAUUCUCUGGCUCUCUCCAAACUGGAGAAGAAAGAGAGAGAGAGAGGCUCCAACCUGGUCUUCAUGUUCAGAUUACCAUUUGCAGCAGGGAAGGUGUUUAGCGUCAGUAUGUUGGACACUUUGCUGUAUCAGUCUUUUGUAAAAGACUACAUGAUCUCCAUCACCAGACUGCUGUUAGGAUUGGACUCAAUGCCUGGAUCUGGCUUCCUGUGUGCUAUGAAGAUCACGGAGGAGGAUUUGUGGAUCCGUACUUAUGGACGUCUCUACCAGAAGCUGUGCUCCUCAACAGGAGACAUUCCCAUUGGAAUAUACCGCACUGAAGCACACAAACUGCCCGUUUCAGAGUCUCAGGUGUCUAUCACAGUGGAGGAUUACGAGGACACACGAGAGCCCCGCGAGCCUCUGCUCUGCCGCUCCGGUCCUCACCGUAACUCGACCUCGUCCGAACCACCCUCGUCCUCGCAGGCCAUGGACCACCCGCUCCUGAGGAGGAAGAGCAUGCAGUGGGCACGACGGUUGAGUCGUAAGGGUGGAAGGAGCUCCAGCGGUGCCAAGGGAGUGGGGAGCGCCGCCGAGCGCAUUAGCCAGCAGAGACUCAAUCUUUUCCGUCGCUCGGAGAGACAGGAACUUAACGCCCUGGUCCGCACGCGCAUGAAACACCUGGGUCUCUCGCCAUCAGGAUUCAAUGGUAUGACAGACCAGGGCAACAGACUGUCCUAUAUUCUCAUAAACCCCUCCCCAGACACACGCCUGGAACUCCAUGAUGUUGUGUAUCUGAUCAGACCAGAUCUACUGUCAGCAGUGCCUAACCAGGCUGGUGGUCGCAAGCCAAGUGCCGGCCCGGCAGAGGGACACAGAUUUGACACACAGGACAGCACUCACCUAUGAACACAAUCACCACCGGCACAAAAUCACCUUCUGUGUGGAACCGUGUGUGUGGAUGGAUUGUACAAAACAACAGAAGAAAGGAAGACAAUGAGACGUUGAGGAACGUGGAACCUGUGUGGAUGGAACUGUGAACUGAAUCUACACUGUAAAAAGUGAUCUUGCUUUUUUAGUUGCCUUCACUUAUUUUGCAAAGUCAAACUGAAUGUUACUAGUCAACACACGAUGAUUUAUAGUUAAUGGGUGGAUUUAUAAAUCCCGUCAAGAGUAUGGCCAGGUCACACAAUAGAUGUUUUGCACAAAGAAAUUGAGGGUUAUUGAUAAAGUCCCAGUGAAAUAAAAAAUUACAACGCCUCUUUUUUCAUGAAAUAUUGCAGCGUUUAUUGUAAAUAGUUGAUCAAUGUGGGUCAUUCUCUUUUUAAAAGUCGUGUGCCCUCAUAAUCUUUAGUUAAAAUCUGAAAAUGCACUUCCUUCCUGUAAUGACUAUCCAUCUUAAAUGAGGUAUGUUAGAUGGCUUGGGCGGAGCAUCCGUUAACUCCUCCCCUUCAACUGUCAGUCUACUGCCUGUUCUAUUUCAAAAUGCAACGGCUGUUUUUAUACAUCCAAUCAAAUCGCAGAGAAAGACGAAAGCCACGUCCACUAUUUUUCUCAUUGGAAAUUCCAUUUCACUCGGAAAUGCAUCAAAACACGGAAUUGAAAAAGAUCGCAACUUUCGGUUCAUGGGGACUUUAAGACCGUUUUUGCUUUGUGACAUUGACAGUUAAGCAAAUUGUCUUAACUUUCAUUAUUGUAUUAUGUGUUAUGGUAAAAAAUGAUUGUUUUUAUUUAAAUCAGCAUUGGGGCAUUAUUACAAAUUCUUUCUUUACAAAACUAUAAUGAGAAUAAUAUUUUAUUUGCAUUAAAGGCGGGGUGUCCGAUUUCUCUUAGCCGUUGUUGAUGUUCAAAUCACCAAAACAAACACACCCCUACCCCCAUCUUUCGCUUUUGUCAGUGCUCGGCUAAUGUCCAUCCUGUGCACUGUGCACCUUAUUGCUGAUUGGCUACAAGUUUGUUUUGGUACUCGGCCCGACUCAGUUGUCUAAAGAGUAAUUCGGAAAUCGGUUACCCCGCCUUUAAGGGUGUCAGAAUAAACCGGUAUAGACAAUAACCGUGAUAUUAAUACCCCUCAUUAUACACAUGAUAAUACUGUAAAUAAUUCAGUGUCAAUAUCUGGUUGACACUCCAACAUAGUAGGUGGCGUGCAGGAUGGUUACAAACUCUCCACCUUCCUACACUUGUAUUUUGAUGUGAUUCAUUGGCCAAAAAAGAGAAAAUACAAAAUAAACUAGCAGUAUUUUACUGAUAGUAUUAUUAUUGUUUUAUUUCAUAGUUAUCAUGAUGAUAACAUUAUUGUGAAUUAUGUGUAAUUCUUCAUUAUUAAUCACCACAGCUUUGUUAGACAUGUACAGUGGAUAGUGCAUUACUCACAGGUUCAUGGCAGACCUGUGUUAAGUUUCUGUCUUUUUGUCUGUUUUCCUCUCUAUUGACCUGAUCUAUUACAAAGAGGAAAACAUUUAAUACAUUAAAACCGAGAAGAAAUCGAGGCAUUCUGAACGCAACCUGAUUUUCUUUAAGGCAUCAAAUCAGUUGUGUAGGAAAAAGAGAGUGGACCAAAGAACACAAUGAUGGCAUACAUACACUCGUAACAAAUAUGGAAAAGUCACUUGUCUGUGUCAAACCCAUCAACAUGUCAUGCAUGUGCAAUGUCUUGGGUCUGAUUUUCAGAAACAAAAACUGGACCUUGGAUACAUUGCGAGUCUCUAUGAAUAUGUAAACAAAAAACUAAAGUUCACUCAUGACCAUGAAACCGUGUAACACAAAAGUUGAAACUACUGCAUCAUGGGUACUGAAAUGAAGUUUUGUUGUUUGGGCAAAACCAAAAAAAGUUCUCUUUGUCUUAACAAGUACAGCAUCUUAGUCCUCAACUAACAAUUACUCCUGAAUUUGAAGACAUUUUUAUGAAUCACAUUACACAUUCAUAAUUAAAGUUUCUCAGUUUCUCUAAAUAAUAAAUAGUGGUUUGACUUGACAAAUUGCUCACAAACUUUAGGUUUAAGCAUGAAAUCACUUUUUACAGUGUAAUCUAAUCCCUAUUUUCUUACUAGAGGACUUUCCAAUGCAUGAAGUUUUUAAAAACUAGAAAACAUUUAAUUUAUGCAUUGAAUGAUUUUUAAUACUAGAGAACCGAGGCCACGCAAGUGCAUUUAAAUAUGUCAUUUGUAUUAGUCUCUGUGCAUGUGAAUGUAUGUUAAACAGCCAGCACUGCCAUUCUUUACUUGGACCGCCAAAGGAAUAAUUUGCCAAAUGUACUUUGAAGGGGUAUGUUCUCCGUCGCUCUGUCAUGUGAAUUCAAUGUUUGUCGGCUGCUGGAAUGAUCUGAAUGCAAUCUGAAGACAAGUGCUCGUAUGUUAUUACAGUCCGCUUUUCAUUCCCCAGCUCUUUCUGGCCUUCCAAAAAGGAGCUUAUUAAAUGGGAAUUGGACCAAACAGAUGACCACAAUCUUAUUCGUCUACAAUAACUUUUUUUCGAACAAAAGAUUUCUCAGUGUGUUUGAUGUUUGCAUUGAUGAGAUCUGCACAGCUAUUUCUUUUGUCAGGUUAAUAUAGUGUUGAUCAUGCAUGUGUAGAUGAAGGAUUUGUUUGUCCUGAAGGAGUGAGAGAGACUGUCUCAUCCCAGUGCUCUGUGUUCAUAAUGCACUAUUGCCUUGAGUCAGUGCCAUUCAAACAUGCGGGCAUAAUAAAAUCAGUCAAACCGAUGGCUUCUCAUUUAUUUUGUGUGAUCGCUGCAGCUAAUAACAGACACAAUGAUAUUCAGUACAACAGAAAGACUGUGAGCAAAUUGGUUUUAACACAACAGUUAUGCAAAGGGGCAGUUCACCCAAAAAU